GGAAAAAAAAAAAAAAACAAGGUUGAACCUUCAAUUUGCUUCAAGUUUCAAGAACCUCCACCUAUCCAGGCGAAUUUUCGGAAUGACUUUCAUCACACCUUGCAAAGUCCAGCUUUGGAACAUGACCAACGUUACGAUUUUCUUGAUCAUUACUUGCGGCAUUCUUAUUCCUUCACACAAAGCGACAUUUCCAAAGGAUUCGAACACCACGAGCAGAUCGCAUGAAGUGGCCAAACGACUGGAGUCUCCCCACCAACCCGCGGGCAAUGAAUCUACCAGUCUUUCUCCGGUAAAACAAUCUGGUUAUAAUCCCCCCAGCAAUUCGACUCCUGCCACCAAUCAGUCCCUUCCUGGAUCAUCAGACUUGAACGGUGGCCUACUGACGGAUCCCUCUCAUCCAGAUUUUGGACCCGUCCCAGUUGGAGUGCCGAUCGCCAAACCUUCUGAUCUCGUCACGAGUGCCCUCUUGACGGCCGCACCCUCUGCAGCAACAGCCAAAUCAAACUCAUCAAGUGCAUCAGAUGGCUCAAAAAACAAGCAAAAUCAAGGAUAUAACAAUACAUUAGGUCAACAACCGGUGUUAAGUGGCAGUAUGGCGAUUUCCUUGCCCACCCCCUCGACGACUUCCAUGCCGUCGCUAGCAACCCAACCACCUGUGGCCGCAAACGGAGCGGUGUCCCUCAGCAGUAUUGCGCCUAACACUGUUCUCGAAGUCUAUACAGCUGCAGCUGGUGGAUCUUCGCCAACACCAACAACCAGCACUGCUUAUGUUUAUGCGACUAAUUCGCCUAUAUCAUCUGAAAACGCUUCAACCACUCCAAACUCUUCAAGUCACAACCUUCUGCCUUCAUCUAUCUAUUUGUUGGUUGGUUUGGCCAGCACACUCAUUUUAGUCAUUCCCAAUUAAUUAUGUACUCAUAGGCUCUUUUUCGAAAUCCUUUCUAUCCUUUAAUGAAAACUU